AUGGGCACCUGCUUCUCAAACUUGAAAUCUGGAAAAGACGAGAGUUCGAUUGUCCGCGUCCAACAAGGACUUCUCGAAAGUUUUCGUGUCAAGACUCCAAAAGGAGAAGUGUGUGACGUCUUCCACGGAAUCCCAUACGCAGAGCCGCCAGUAGGAAAUCUCCGUUUCAAGGUAACCAUUUAUUGA